AUGGAUAAAAUUAAAGAAAAUAAUAAUGAUAACUCUAAUACUUCAAAAAAUACAGAUUUUGACAUAAAAAAUGCUGAAAGCAUGAAUAUUAAAAAUAUUAAAAAUAGUUUUAUUGAUUUUCAAUAUGAUAAAGUUGUGAAUAAUAUAUUAGGGUUAUUUAAGAAACUAUCUAAGCAAAGGCUUGUGUCAACAUCCUCUGCUGUGCGUGAUGAUAUGGAUAAACAGAUUUUAAACUCACGACUAUUCUUAGAUUUAUGUGAAGAUAGAGAAAUAUUAUUAAAUAAAAUAUUAAAAAAAAUAAAUAUCCUCAACUUGGUAUAUUUUCGUUUUUUAAAAGAAACCGAUAUCGAUGAUACUUUUAAUUUGCAUAAAGAACUAUUUCCUGUAAAAUAUCAUGCAGAUUUUUAUUUUAGUAUAUGUAACUUUGACGAUAAUAAAAUAGUCGAUGAUAAUGUGAUCAAAAUUACUGAAAAAAUAUCCAAAGAAUUUGGAAACACCUUAGAUAAUAAAAAAUAUGCCAAAUAUUGUGAUAAUUAUAAAAAAACAAAGGAUUCUAUAUUACAAAAUAAAGUAAGCACAUAUGAUAAUACCACACAAAAUUCAAAUGAUGAUGAUGAUAAUGAUAAAAGUGAUAAUGAGAAAGAAGAUGAAACAGAAUUACGUGAAAAAAAAUAUAAUUCCCACAAUGAUAUAGGAAUUAUAAAAAAUUAUUCAAAUAUAAACUCUAAUGAAAAAAAAAUAAUACAUAAAAAAUGGAGAGAAGAUGAAAUUUUUUCAAUAGGAGCUUUCCUACCUUAUUCAUUUAUUGAUUAUAUUAACAAUGAUUCUAUAACAAAUUUAAUAAAAAAUAAAACUAUAGAAAAAUUAACUGAAAAAGAAAUUUUACUUGAUUAUAUUCAAUUUUUAGACAAGUGUAAUGCAUCUAAUGAAAACGAUGAUAUAAAUAUAAAGUUACCGAAAAAAAAAACAAAUCCUUUUAGUGAUAAUAAUUUGAGUGAAAGCAACAACAAUGAUAUAAAUUAUGUAAUCCCUACUUGUCAGGAAAUUAAUGAUAAUUGUAAAAAUGGAAAUAAUAAUGUUAAAAAUAAUCAUACUUUUUUAAAUUCCCAUAAAGAGCCAAGUAAGAAAGAAAAUAUUGCUAACUUUUCAACGUUAAGCGAAGAAUAUAGUAAUAUUAAGAAAAAGUCUAAUAAAUAUUUGCAAAAUGACACCAUAAAAAUUACAAAUAAUAGCGAUAUUCAAGAUAUAUAUAAUCAUUUGGGAAAAAAAAAUUUAAGAUAUGAAGAAAUCAAUGGAAUAUCACAUAAUCGUAAUGAUGAUGUAAAAUUGACUAAUGGAAAAAAAUACUUUGACAAAGAAAUGCUGAAUUCUUUUAAUUAUAAUAUGAAUAAUAUAAGUUAUAAAAGAGAGAGAAAAAAUUAUUUAAUUGGAAGCAUAUCUUGUUUAAUAAAUUAUGGAGAUUUUGAUGAUGAUAAAGAUUAUAUUAAUAUAUAUAAUCAUUUUACGAAAAAAUAUAUUAAUAAUAAAAACGAGAAAAGCUAUAUGAAGAAUAUGUGUAAAAAUUCCAUGAACUUUUUAGAAAAUUGUAUUUCAUUAGAAAAAAACAAUCUGAAUGGUAUGGAUAAAUAUAUGAAUAUGGUUAGUAAAAAAAAUGGCAAUGAUAUUGGAGAUGAAAUUAAUGAAGAGCAUAUUGACGAUGUUGUAAAUUAUAAUAAUAUGAUAAAUGAGGAUGAUAAUAAUAACCCCUUUUCUACUAAUGUAAAUGACCUAAAAAAUUCUGACGAUAAUUUAUUCACAAUAGAUGGAAAAAAAAAAUCUAAAAAAAAAAAAAAUAACAAUAAUAAUGUAUUAAAAGAAUUAACAAUUUUGAAAAUGAAAGGUUUAAAUACAAAUCCUCAAUUUGAAAAAAAAUUAUAUGAAGAAAUUUAUAUGAAUAAAAAUAUUAAUGAAAUAACAAAAAAAUACUUAACAGGAAAUAUUAAUAAUAUAUAUAUUUUAACAGUUGGAAUAAGUGAAUAUUUUAGGGGACUAAAUUUAGCUUCUUAUCUUAUUGAGUAUACCAUCUAUUAUUUUUAUUUCAUUAUAUACAGAAUAUUUUUAUAUAAUAACAAGCUAUAUUGUUAUGUAGACAAUGAUGUUUUUUAUAAUUUAUCAAAUAAUAUUAUCAAAGACGAAAAUUAUAAUGAGGGAAUAUUAUACGACAAUCCCACUGAUAGUUUGCCAUCGGUUAUAAAAAUUGAAGAGAGAAAAAAAAAAAAAAAGCAUGAUGAAAAUAAUUAUCAUGACCAAAUAUGUGAAGAAUCAUGCAAAAAUUAUAUUCACACAUCCUCAAAGAAAGAAAAAUUUGAAAAUAAAGAGCCAAAACAUAGUGGAAAAUUAAUAAAUGAAGAAAAAAGAGAAGAUCUAAACGUCAGAACGGAGGAGCAUAUUCCAUGCAAUGGCAAAGACCCAUUGUAUGAUGAUAAUAAUUUUGGUAAUAUUUGCAAUGGUACAUAUCCUAAAAAUUAUAGCCUAUGUAAUAGCAUAAUAAGAAAUCUUUAUAAAAAGAUUGUACUAAAUGAUUAUUUACAUGAUCUUUAUAACAUUAUUCAUGAUAAAAAUUUUAAAAUUAUGAAAUAUAAAGAAAAUGAAAAUAUACCAUUUACUACCAAUGUUUGUAAACAAUCCCAAAAAGAAGACAAUAUUGUAGCGUGUUCUAAUAUAACUGACGAAGUUUUCGAUAUAUUUUUUAAUGAAUUAUCUGCUUAUAAUUUAAAAAAAAAUAAAAAAAUUUUAAUAAAACGUUAUAAUACUACAAAUAUACACGAUGAUGACGAAAAUAAACCAAUGCCUUUAUAUAUUUACUUACAUGUUAUAGAUUAUAAUAAAGCCGCUAUUAAUUUAUAUAACAAGCUCAAAUUUGAUUAUAUUGAUAAAUAUGAUAAUUUUUAUGUUAUAAAUAAAAUUAAUUUUUCCUCGUAUUUGUAUUCUUAUUUUUUUUAA